GACGACAGGCUCUCUGCCAUCCCUUUGGGAGCGCGCAGUCGGUGCAGCGGAGUUAAUUCCCAGCAUGUCUCAGUGGAAUCAAGUGCAGCAGUUGGAAACCAGUUUUUUAGAGCAGAUAGACCAGAUUUAUGAUGACAUCUUUCCCAUGGAAGUUCGACACCUUUUAGCACAGUGGAUUGAAAGCCAGGAUUGGGAGUCUGCAUAUAGCAAUGAGUCCACAGCAGCUAUGCUGUUACAUAACUUAUUGAUAAAACUGGAUGAACAUUUAGAGCGUGUUUCUCAAGAGAAGAAUCUCCUCUUGAUACACAACCUAAAGAAAAUCAGGAAAGUUCUUCAGGCAAAAUAUCAAAGCAAUCCUCUACAUAUAGCACUGGUUGUUUCAAACUGUUUAAGAGAAGAAAGAAGAGUAUUGGCUUCAGCCAGUAUGCCAGUACAGGGACCUCUAGAAAAGUCACUACAAAACUACUUGGGUUCAGAAAGACAAAGGAAAAUCGAGCUCAAGGUGUCUGAAAUUAAGAACAGUACACAGCUGACAGAACAAGAUGUCAAAUAUUCAGAAGAUUUGCAAGAGGAGUUUGAUUUCAGAUUUAAAACUAUGCACAGCAUAGAACAGAAUGACAAAAACAGUGUUGUCAUGAAGCAGGAGAUGCUGAUGUUGCAGGAAAUGCUCAAUACCAUCGACUACAAGCGAAAGGAAGUUCUCAGUAAAAUGGCACAAAUAGUAAGGGAGGUUGAUGCCUUGGUGAAUAACAUAUUAAUAGAAGAAUUAUUGGAUUGGAAGAGACGGCAACAAAUUGCUUGCAUUGGAGGCCCUCUACACAGUGGGCUUGAUCAACUGCAAAACUGCUUCACACUGUUGGCUGAGAGUCUUUUUCAAAUAAGAAGGCAGUUGGAGAAGCUGAAUGAACUUUUGAUUAAACUCACAUACGAAGGAGACCCCAUUCCAUUACAAAGACCUCACUUGUUGGAAAGAAUAAAUUUUUUACUUUACAGUCUUUUCCAAAGUUCAUUUAUAGUGGAGAGACAGCCCUCCAUGCCAACUCAUCCUCAGAGGCCUUUGGUUCUUAAAACGAUGAUACAGUUUACUGUCAAACUUCGGCUGCUUAUUAAAUUGCCUGAGCUGAACUACCAGGUUAAAGUGAAAGCUACUAUUGACAAGAACACUUCUAGUACAAGCAACCGCAGAUUUGUUCUGUGUGGGACUCAUAUAAAAGCAAUGAACAUGGAUGAGUCUGCAAACGGGACCCUUUCAGUGGAAUUUCGACAUUUGCAGCCAAAAGAAAUGAAAGCAAGCGGUACCAACAAGGGAAAUGAGAUUCCUCAAGUGGUAACUGAAGAACUACAUUCUGUCACUUUCGAAACACAGAUCUGCUUAUAUGGGCUGACCAUAGACCUGGAGACAAGCUCUUUACCAGUGGUGAUGAUUUCGAAUGUCAGCCAAUUGCCUAAUGCUUGGGCUUCGGUUAUUUGGUACAACUUGUCAACAAGUGAACCCCAGAACUUGGCUUUCUUUAAUAAUCCCAUGCCCAUCACUUUGAGUCAGCUCUUAGAAGUCCUCAGCUGGCAGUUUUCAUCGUAUGUUGGCCGUGGACUGAAUUCAGAUCAACUUGGUAUGCUGGCAGAAAAGCUAACAGGGCAACAGAUUACUUCCAGUGAUCCUCAGCUUUCAUGGUCAAAAUUCUGUAAGGAACACUUGCCUGGUAAAUCAUUUACAUUUUGGACGUGGCUUGAAGCAAUCUUGGAUCUGAUUAAAAAACACAUUCUUCCUCUUUGGAUUGAUGGGUGUAUUAUGGGUUUUGUGAAUAAAGAGAAAGAACGGGCUUUGCUGAAAGACAAGAAGCCUGGGACCUUUUUGCUGAGGUUUAGUGAAAGCAAUUUAGGAGGGAUUACGUUUACCUGGGUAUCCCAGUCUGAAAAUGGGGAAGUGAAGUUUCACUCUGUUGAACCGUAUAACAAAGGCCGCUUAACUGCCCUGCCAUUUGCAGACAUUUUACGAGAUUACAAAGUUAUUACGACAGAUAACAUUCCUGAAAACCCACUGCAGUAUCUUUAUCCCAAUAUCCCCAAAGACAAAGCUUUUGGGAAGCAUUACAGCUCUCAGCCUAAUGAAGUGCCAAGACCUACAGAAGGAGGAACCAAAGGUUAUGUCCCCUCUGUCUUUAUUCCAGUCUCCAAAAUACUGAAUAAUUCCACAGAUCCACCUUCUCCAUCGGAUCUUCUUCCCAUGUCACCAAGUGUUUAUGCUGUUUUGAGAGAACACUUAAGCCCAACUGUAAUGGAAACUGCUUUGAAUUCUCCGUAUGCAGCUGACUGACAUUCAGAUACUGAAGAUUUUUAAAUGCAGAUAAACAAGUUUGUGUGUAUGAAUGUGUGUUUCUAAGAGAAUGUUCUUAAUUCCCUUGUAUUGUAAAUAUAUUUUUCCAGGAGAUAUACAGAGUUCUGUAUGUUGGCUGCAACUCUUUAAAUCAGUUGCUUAAACAAAUAUUUGAUCUGAUUCAGAUAAUGGUUUGACAUGGCUAGAAUGAACUGUGACCUCUUAUACUUUUCAAACUUUGAUUGAUAUAAUUAGGCUGAGUUCGCACAUCACUCAAACCUUAAUGUUACUAAUUUAAUCUGGUUUAUCAUGUGUAUAUGUUGAUAUAAUUGUAUAAACCAUGAUUUGUGGUCAAUUUUGUUCAAUGGACCUAUCCACUUGUGGCUUAUUCAAUGAAUCAGUUAAGCUAUUUUUGGUUUCCAGAGUUUAGACAUUAUAGAAAUUGAUUUAUUCAAAAUUGAAGAUAAAAGCAUUAUUUCAUGUUUAAAGGAUAGGAAGUGAGAUGCACAAGUUUGAGGUUUAUUGUGAUUUGUUAACUGCAGGAUGAAAUAACCUUAACGCAAUAUUUACAUCAAUUAUUCUGUACAGAUACGAGAUAAUGGAAAACAAUGCUCAGAUUUCUGCUGUAGUUCUGCUGCUCCUUUCCCUUAAAACUGUUAAAAGUCCUAUAUUUCAAUGUUUGUUAUUUUUUUAAAUAUUUACCAAAUAUUCACCGUAAUAGUUUAGGUCAGACGCUUAGUCCAAUCCACAUACAUCAAUAAAGUUAUGCUUUUUUAAUAUAUCCUAAUUUUUGUGAUAGUUCAAUGUGCUUAUACACCAAAUUGUGCACAUGUGAGAAUGUUUAACAGUAUCCUGUAGAAAUACAGCAUCAGUGUGAUUGAAAGUGAAACGCGUAAAAAAAUAUAUUGUGGACUUUUAUUUAAAGCCAGUUUACUGUAAAAACAAAAUGUAAUUGACAGACAGCUGAAAUCCAGAGCAGCCCCUGGAUUGUCUAGUUCCCUCAAAAUGUGAUGCUCCAAAUCAGGGAAUAAAAUGCUUUCCAGUAUUUUAAAUACAUAUAGCAUGCUACAUAAUUAUUUUAUAUUUUUCCAAUGUUGUUGCACAAGACUCUGAUUUUAUAUAAACAUUUUCUAACUUUAGAAAAUUUAUUUGCUUGCUUGUUUCCUUAUUUAUAGUGUUUAUAGGUCUCUCCAGUCCACCAAUUCUUACAAUUCCCCAAUACGUAAUUGGGAUUAAAACCAUACAGUCAAUGUGAAAAAUUGCAAUCACAUAAUGCUUCUAUAGAACCAGGAAUCAUGAUUAAAAGCAUUAACAAUAAUAAAAAGAGACCCACUCUCCUGACCAAGAGGCAAUUAUAACAAACCAAUCUCCCUGAUUUGAUGGAACAAUCCAGUUUUCACCAGUUAUUUUAAAACCAGGAGGAAGAGGCCAAUUGCACAAUGGGGGGAAUGCUGUUCCAGAGGAUGGCGGGGAGGGGGUGGCAACUGUGUAGGCACAUUCACAUGGCCCUAAAGGUACCAAUCUCUAAUUGAGGAGACAUGUGGUGACCCCACCCAUUGGAUCUAAUUGGGCAGGCAGGUGUUACAGAGAAUAGGCAAUCCUACAAAUACCCAGGUUCCAAGCCAUGAAGGUCUUUAAAGAUGACAACCAGCAACUUGAAUUGCACCCAGAAGCUAAGUAGCAACUAGUAUAGCUCUUGGAGCAGAGGCAUUACAUAGGUGCUUUAAGGUGCACUCAUCAUUAUACAAGCUGCUGCAUUCUCAUCCAGCUGUAGCUUCCAAAUGUUCUCUGAGAGCAGCCCCAUGUAGAACAUGCUGAAAUAGUCCAAUGGAGAGGUCACUAGGCAUGAGUGACACUGAGUAAUGCCUGCCAUUCCUGGAAAGUUUGCAAUUGGUGCACAAGAUGGAGCAGUACAAAGGCCCUGUUGGCUACAGCUGCCAUCUGUUUCUCAAGCAGGAGCUGUGAGUCUAAGAGAGUCUCCAAAUUGCAAAUUGAUUCUGUCUGUGGGAGUGUAACCCACUUGGGGGUCAAUAAUGGAACCUCACUGGAAACAGUAGGCCCUCAAAUCCAAAGCUACUCUGCCUUGGAGGGAUUGAAUCUCAACUUGCUCUUCCUCAUCCAGACUCAGAUAGCCUUCAGGCACCUGGGUAAUACUUUGAAAAUAUCACUUACUCAGCCAAGGGUCAAGAUGUACAGUUGGGUAUCAGCACUCUACUGAUGAAACCUGUCCCCAUGCUGUUGGAUGAUUUUGUCUAGCAUUUUCAUGUAGAUGUUGAAGAGAAGUGGGGAGGGAGCCAUGCCCUGUGGCACUCCCAUUAUGGGGCCUAGAAGACAAUCUGUCUCCCCCAUGACUGUCCUUUCAGGAAGAAAGACAACCACUAUGAUACAGUACUACCUCCAUCCCCAAGCCCUCAGAGAUGGUUCAGAUAAAUAUCAUGGUCCAUGGUACUGAAAGCCAUUGAGAAGUCAAACAGGAAGAAGACAAUAAUUAUCUAGUAUAUCUGAGUAAAGCUACUUCUACUGCAUCUCCUUCUCAGUUUUUGUCAUAUGAAACACUGAUGACAAUCAGACUUUGUAUUUAAGGCCCACAUAUUGUAUUCUAAAAAGGCCAGAAUCAUAUGUUCCAAGCAGUACAAGAGGCCACUGACAUCUGAAUUCCACACAGGGGAUUUCCUGAUCAGGAUGUUCAGUUUAGUGCAGUUCUGUAUUAACAUUUAUGACUUCCCUACAAAAGCAGCAGCAACAAUAAAGCUGUUUGUCUUUUUCACAUGAUUGUGACUUUAUGAAAAUGCCUAAAGGUUACGGCUGUGAAGAUUCAAGUUCACAGUUCCCAUCUAUCACAGUUUCCGCUGUCACUUUUGCUAUACCUUACCUUACAGGACUAUACCUAACCUUACAAGCGAGUGGAAGUCAGUGGAUUUUAUCACAGCAGUGGCAAAAUUUAGAUGAUGAUUCUCAUGGCAGAGGGCUUGCAGAGUGGUAUAGACGAUACGGUUGCUGAAGCUGAUUUAUUAUGAUUUUAAAAUAGGGCUGAAGCUAGUUUAAAGCAUGCUGCAGUAAGCCAGCAUCUGACAUUUCAGGCAGGGAGAAAAAGGAUCGGCAAUAGCUUUUCUUUAGCAUCAAUUCACAAAAAUCCAUUUUAUUUGCACUUUGCCUCCUGGAAAAUUUUGAGAUGAACUAUACCAAAUGUUACAAUACAAAUACAGCAAUGUAUUGUUUUGGUUCUAAACUUUAUUAUAAAAACAGUAAGGUAAGGUAUAGCAAAACUGACAGCGCUCUCAGACCUCAUUGUACAAGACAACUAUUGAUGGUAGAAAUAAAAAUGUCCUCCUCUGACCUGAUACCUGCAAAAUUUUAAAUGUUGAGAAAGGCAAAGUUGGCUGAGUUUAGCAUGACCAUUUUGUUUCAGGUGCGUCAGAUUCUUCUGCUUUCCCAUUUUUUAAUUCUUACUGUAAACGCUUUUGUGCUUCCUGAAAAUCCCUUCUCCCUUUUGCUAUGAUCAGCCAGAUGGGAGGAGCCCUUCAUAGAAGUCAUCUGGACCAACUGCCUAUAAGAAGCAGCAGUUUGCAAGAAAGUGGUCUCCCUUGCUUUUGUGGUCAAGGUCAUCACCACCAAAGCAAUCCCCACUUUCAGAUGUUCCCAUAAAGGCUGUCUUCACAAGCUGUGAUGACAAAGAAAAGUAUUUGAAAUAUUUUGAAACAUGCCACUGACUUGUUUCUAGAAAUAUUUGUCAGGUACGUUCAGAGAACUGAGGCAGCACAAUGGGUAAUAAUGAAAGCGGUAAACUAGGAAAGUCCCAAAUGCAAAUUGCUUCUGAGCCAUACAUUUAACCUUUUAUGUCAGGUAAGCCAUUUUCUCUAAGGUCAGGUGGGGGGGGCAGAGCUGCUUGCAUUAGCGGGCCUUCUCCCCAUUAGACCGUCAAGGGUGAGCCCCAGCUUUCUCCUACUGCACCUUCCAACAGAGAACUUCUGCUCCAAGCAGCAACUACCGCAGCAGAAAUGGGAGUGCUUCACUCUGUUGUUUUGUAUGGCUAUGCUUUAUGCUCUUUGGAGAAUUCCUGGUUCACCUCACCCCUCAGCUCCCACUAUUCCAAUGCAAUGGUUGAAUAGCAGAAUUGGUCAGGGGGGGCCCAUAUGUAAACCUGCAAGGAGUUUGGUGGUCUCCACCAGACAGGCCAGAAAUAGCAGCAGUGCUUUGUUUUCUAUAGAGGAGGAAGGAGUCCCCCCUCCCCCAGUGUGAAAUUGAGGGGGUAGGUUGAGCUAACAGAUAAGCACUGACUAAGUGGGACAUAUCUCUGCUCCUCUUUUAGCCAGGAAGGCAUGUGCGGACCUCUGAGCACUGUGGCAUCCUGGCAUCUCUCCUUGACCUAGAAAGAGCUAACACAGCCCAGUCAAUCCCUGUUUUAAUUGUGAAAAUGUAAUUGAAGUGUUGGGUACAGAAAAGUUGGCCAUCUGAUGUGCCCUUAGCUUCAACCCUCCAUCAUAUAGUAUGACAGCCUUGGACUGACAUAGCUAUCUCCUCCCAGCCAGUAGGGCCAGUGGUCAUGCUGACUGGGAAUUAUGAGAACUGUAAUCCAACACAUCUGGAAGGGCUGGUUGGAGAAAACUACACUGCAAAGACAUACCAUAGGGAGGACAUGACACUCCAUUUCCCUUUACUGUGAGUUAAGAUCGGCAAAUGGAACCUGCUUGAGUUCCUCAGGAGACAGUAAGGAAAGAAUGCAAAUAGCUAGAAAUGAAAUGUUUGGAGUUUAGGCAUUCUGCAGAACUCUUCCCAUUCCCAGAGGCACUCUCUUAUGGCAUUUGGGAUAACAAAGAGACAUACAUUUCUUACCAGGAGUUUUGAGUUUCACAUCUGUAACCUGGGAACUCUCUUGAAGACUUAGUGCACCACAUGCUUGGCAUUAUUAUAUGGGUAUUUUCUAAUGCCUCCAUGUUUGUUAUAGUGAGUCCUUUAUUGUAUUCACUUGAACAAGGAGAUGGCAAUAAAGCAGGGUAAAAGUGUAUGCAUACAUAAAUGCUGACCUACCUGUAGGGAUGACUAACACUAUAUAUAUAUUUAUGUAUGUAUGUAUGUAUACACACACACACACACACACACACACAUAUAUAU